AUGAAGCUCUCCGUCGCCAUCGCCUUCGCUGCUGCUGCCGUUGCCGCUCCCCCCGCCGUUGCCAAAGAGUUCUGCGAUCUGUGGGGCUCGGCGCAGACGGACGACUACACAGUCUACAACAACCUCUGGGGCGCGCAUGACGACCCCAAGGGCGGCCAGUGCACGGAACUCGACAGCGUGGACGGCUCCAACAUCGCGUGGCACACGAGUUUCAACUGGAACGGAAGCUCCUGGCAGGUCAAGUCGUUCGCCAACGCCGCGCUCAAGUUCGAGCCCGUCCAGCUGGCGAAUAUCUCGUCGAUCCCGUCGACUAUCGAGUACGACUACAAAUACGACGGCAAGAUCAUCACCAACGUGGCCUACGACCUCUUCACGAGUGCCACCGCCAACGGGACGGUCGAGUACGAGCUGAUGGUGUGGCUGGCGGCCUUGGGCGGUGCGUGGCCCCUCACGACCUCGGGGCGGCCCAUCAAGGCGGUGAACGUGGGCGGCACCGACUUCAACCUGUACCAGGGCAAGAACGGCAACACCACCGUCUUCUCGUACGUCGCCGUGAACUCAACCACCAAGUUCUCCGCGGACUUCAAGCAGUUCUUCAGCGAGCUUCCGGCAGACAACACCAUUGCCCCGACCCAGUUCCUGACUCAUGUUCAGGCCGGAACCGAGCCGUUCCAGGGCCAGAAUGCCACGCUGACCGUGUCCAAGUACUCAGUAGCAGUCAACUCGGCGUAG